AUGUCUACUGAAGUCCUGCCCAUCCUGGAACCGCCAGCACCGGCCGUUAACGGGGUCCCGAAGAUGGAAAACGGAGUCACCACGGCUCGCACAUCGAAAAAUAGAUUCAAUCGAGACGUUGACUAUGCAGCAGUCGUCAUCGGAGCCGGGUUCGGUGGGUUGAGAAUCUUGCACGAGUUUCGCAAACUCGGCCUGUCGACCAAGAUCAUCGAAGCCGGCUCCGACGUGGGUGGCACCUGGUACUGGAAUCGAUAUCCCGGCGCACGGACAGACAGCGAGAGUUGGAGCUACAUUAUGAACUUCUCGCGAGAGCUGAAAACAGACUGGGUAUGGAAGGAACGGUUUGCCCCUCAGCAAGAGGUGCUGAGCUACUUGAACCACGUCGCCGAUAGAUUCGACAUGCGCAAAGACAUCCUGUUCAAACAGCGCGUUAAGUCGGCACAUUACGAUGUAGACCUCAAUAUCUGGGAUGUCAGGACUGCGGAUAACAUUCAUUACACUUGCCACUUCCUCAUCACGGCAGCGGGUGUCCUCUCGGCGACGAGAGCGCCGCCGUUCUCUGGUCUGCAUUCGUUUCAAGGAAAAUGGUAUCAGACGUCGAAUUGGCCAAAGGAGAAGAUCGACUUCGCGGGAAAGCGAGUAGCCGUGGUAGGCACUGGAGCCACUGGAGUUCAAGUCGUGCCCAUUGUUGCGCAUACCGCUGCGUCGGUGACAGUCUUUCAACGCACGCCGAACUACGUGAUACCAGCUCGUAACCACCCAUUGACGGAAGAUCAGCUAAAGGAGAUCAAGACCAGCUAUGACGCAGUAUGGGAGCAAGCUCGAGGCCAGGUGUUCGGCUUCGCAAUGCCCACUAUUGGUCGCACCAUUGCCGAUGUCAAGGAUGAAAACGACCACCAAAGGAUUCUCGAAGCUGGGUGGGAAGCAGGCGGGUUCCGCUAUAUCUUUGAGACCUUUGACGAUCUACUACUUAAUGAGAAGUCAAACGAAGUAGCCUCGGAGUUUGUGAGAAAGAAGAUCCGCACAAUUGUCAAGGAUCAAAAGACAGCGGACUUGCUUUGCCCCGAUUAUCCUCUGCUGGCUAAACGACCACCCCUCGGGCACUUUUACUAUGAAGCCUUUAACCGACCAAACGUGAAGCUCGUCAGUGUUGCCGACGAUCCCAUCCAGGAGAUUACACCGAAGGGACUUCGGACAGGGACUACUGAAUACGAGUUCGACAUUAUCAUUUUCGCUAUCGGGUUUGACGCUGUGACUGGCGCGCUCACCCAGAUCGAUAUUCGGGGCAAGGAUGGCCAGUCACUAGCAGAGAAAUGGAAUCCCAGGCUGGAAACUCACCUGGGGAUCAGCGUCCAUAAGUACCCCAACAUGUUUAUGAUAUCAGGGCCACAGGCACCGUUUGCCAAUAUCCCCGUCAUCAUUGACAAUACCGCCGACUUCAUCGGCAAGGCAAUCAGCUACAUGGAUACUCAUGGCUACAACCGGAUGGAAGUAACGCAAGAGGCCGUCGACGCUUGGUGCAGCCACGUACAACAGACGUUCGAGUCAACGCUGCUAGCUACGGCGUCUCAAAAGGCUCGCUCUUGGUACAUCGGCGCGAAUAUCCCGGGCAAGCCCUUGAACGUCCUCUUUUAUUUCGGGGGUCUGGUCCAGUACUUUGCGCAUUGCCAGAAGGAGGCUGAGAGCGGGUUUUCGAGUUAUCAGUUUUCAAAGUGA